AUGGAUUCGAAACAGUACAACGAUCCAGAGGACAGGAAGUCGCUGGACAGCAUCAACAAGGACAAUGUCUCCAUCACACAGACCGGUUUUAUCACCACACUAGAUGCCAAAAAGGAAAGAGCAGUGGUAUGGAAAUUGGACCUCCAUCUUCUACCUCUUCUCGCCAUCAUGUAUCUCUUCAACUCUCUGGACAAGUCGAACAUGGGAAACGCAAAGACAGCUGGUCUGGCCAAGGAUCUUGGACUGCAUGGCCACCAGUACAACCUCAUCUUAUCGAUUUUCUUCGUGCCAUAUGUGCUUACUGCACCUUUCCUUGCCGCAUUGGGAAAGAAGUAUGGACCGAGUAGAGUGUUGCCUUGUAUGAUGUUUGGGUUUGGCACUUGCACGCUUAUGGUCGUUGUUGUGCAAAACUUUGGCGGGUUGAUGGCUAUUCGUUGGUUCUUGGGAAUGUGCGAGAGUGCUUUCUUCCCUCUUGUCAUCUACUAUCAGACCAUGUUCUACCGCAGAGGUGAAUUGGCCCGCAGACUUGCCAUCUUCUACGCCGCUCAGUCAAUCGCCAGCGCCUUCUCUGGUCUCCUAUCCUUCGGCGUCUUCCAAAUCGAAGGUGGUGCUCUCACGAACUGGCGCUACCUUUUUGUCAUCGAAGGUUCAGCCACCAUCAUUGUUUCCUUCUUCGCCUUCUGGUACCUUCCUCUUUCCGCCGCCGAUGCACACUUCUUGACUCCUGAGGAGAGAGAGAUCGCCGUCCACCGUAUCCAGACAGACAGUUCCGCUGUCGUCAACGAGGAGUUCAAGCUCGGCAGAGCCAUGACAAUCUUCAAACACCCCACCACCUGGAUGUUCUUGGCCAUCGAGAUCUGCCUGGGUGUACCGCUGCAGUCGGUAUCCCUCUUCUUGCCUCAGAUCGUCAAGAGAUUGGGCUAUGGAACUAUCAAGACCAACCUCUACACUGUUGCUCCCAACAUUACCGGCGCAGUCAUGUUGCUGGUGCUUGGUUUCUCUUCCGAUCUUACUCGCUGGAGAUUCCCCUUCGUCGCUCUGGGUUUCUUCUUUACCUUCUGCGGUUUCGUCAUCUAUUCGGCUAUUGAUGUUACCUCUUCUAUCACUGUCGCUUACUUUGCUACUUUCAUGAUGACUUGGGGUACCAGCGCACCUUCUGUUCUUCUUGAUGUAUGGUACUGCAACAACAUCGCCGACGAGAACAAGAGAGCCGUCCUCACUUCCAUCGCCGUUCCCAUGGCCAACCUCAUGGGUGUCGUCUCCUCAAACAUCUUCCUCGAUGAAGAAGCACCUAAAUACAUGACUGCCCUUGCCACCACCGCCGCUUUCGGAGGCACUGGUAUUGUCUUGACUCUUCUCCUUGGAAUCUGGAUGAUCUACGAUAACCGUCGUCGUGAUCGUGCUCAAGGUGUCAACCUCAGAGCUAAGGAUGUUCCUACUGAGCGCCUGGGAGACGGUCCUGCUGCGGAUGAAUUCAGAUGGUUCUACUAG